UGCGAUCAUGCGGGCAUGGAUCUACUCAGCGGUGGCGCAUUCACUUCAUGUCGGCGUCGAAGGAGUGGUGACUAAAGCGCCGGUAUGGAGCGCCUCGACGACUUCGCAAAUUUCUUUGUCUGGAGAUGUCAUCGACUAUCCCGGGGGAUGGAUACUUCCUCAGAGAAAUCAGUGCGUCGACAUCUGCACCAAAUCAUCCCCAACUCCAACCUGCUUCGUAAACACCACGGACUGUAUUGACAAAAAACAGGAGCCAGGGGACUAUGAUACGUUGAUACUAGAACAGAUCUUCCUUCCCCAAUACUGCCGCGAUCUCCUCGACGGCAUCGACAGCACCGUCGCGCAUCGUCCAGUGGCACCCUAUCCAAGUGGAAUUCGGUGUCUCGCUCCGGUGCGGUCGAUUCUGUCAAUCCAUGGCCUUUGGCCCAAUUACGACGGCGGCUACCCUUCUUGUUGCAACGUCAGCUCUGUCAUUCGGAACAACCCGUUCGAUCCCCUCGCCUUCCGCGCUCAGCACCCGGGCUUGGUUCGAUCCAUGACUGAGCGCUGGAGCGACCCGACACAGCCCCGCGACGAUGCCCUCUGUGAGUUGUGGAACCACGAGUUUCAGAAACACGGUCUCUGCUACGCCAGCGCGGGCGAGGAUUUCAACACGGCCGCCGCCCGCUACUUCACGGCGGCGAUGGCGGUGGCGGACACAGUCGGCGCUGCCACGUCACAAAUCCACGCGUGGGCUGCUACCGAAUCGGCCAUAGUGUCUGGAGCAGACAUCGCCCAACUGUACCGCCGUGGGGUGCAAAUUGAUUGCUCCAAUGGGCAACUGGCUCGCAUUCGAACAUGCUGGGCAAAGGACUCGAGCCAAGUCGACUGCCCAGCACCUGGGUCGUGCAAUCUCGCGGCUAGCAUCCGCUUGGAUGUAUAUGCACCUCCACAUCCUUUCGAAUGACGGAAUGCUACAGAGUGGUACACGUCGGUGGAUUGUCGUUGGAUUGUUAGCAGUAUGGAGGCAAUUCAAGUUUGUGAGUGGCCAUGUACCCUGCCGUCGGACCACUAGUAGUACCUGUAGCACGUAACCACGUCUCAUAUAUUGAUUGGAUCAAAUACAUAUCCUAAUAAGCUG